GUGGAAACUGUUUCGCACACAGCUUUAAACUCAGGAUCAAUGUUAUGGAUAACAGUAGUGUACCUUAAGGACAGUUAAAUGCUCUCAGAAAGUUUAAAAUGGAAACCUCCAAGAACUCCUCAGAUGCAGGCUCAGUAAACCAAGAACAGGAUAAAGUACAUUUCUUGUGCAAAGUUGCAGCUGAAUCUUUCAAAAAUGAUGAUAUUCAGACAGCACUGAGAAAGUUCAAAAAGGCAUAUAUGCUAUCCUGUAAAGUGUCUGACAAAAAAUUCCAAAAUAUAUGUUUAUUUAAUCUUGGGGCAGCCUACAUUUGUGUUGGAAAACUAAAGAAAGCCCUAAAGUGUCUUCUUAAAUCAACAACGGAGGGUGGAGCACAAGACAGAAAUGGAGAUCUGUUUUUCAACUUAGCUGUCACCUAUGAUGAAAUGAAAGAGUAUGGCAAAGCAGUGAAAUUUUAUGAAAAAUCCAUCAAUGUAUAUGGGCUGGAUGAAAUAAAUAACAUUUCAGAUGCACUGAUCAAACUUGGUUACUGCUUUGUCAGUCUUGGGGACCUUCCCUCAGCAGCACAUUCAUUUAGGCUUGCGGGUCAUUCAUAUCAAAAGAUUGAUUACAAGGAAGAUGCUGCAAUGGCCAUGAGAGAGGCAGCAAAUUAUAUGAUAAAGAGUAAAACCUUUUCAAAGACUGAAGUUCUCCAGACCUUGGAUUCUUGUUUAGUGUUGUGUGAAAGACUGUCAGACAAGCAGCUACUGGGGACACUUUAUAACCACCUGGGCCUGCAUUAUGCUGAGACAGAGUGCUUCAGCCAAUCCAGAAAGUGUUUCUCAGAAAGUAUGAAUCUGUGCAGAGGUACACAAUUCUCUGUGAGAAAAAUGGCUGUCUUACUGCAAAACCUAGGAGCAGUGGACAAUGCUCUUCACCAAUAUGAAAAAUCUCUUGGGUGCCAUGCAGAAGCUGCAGAUAUGUAUGGAACUUUGGGUGAAAGAAAUGCACAAGGACAGUGUCUGUGCAACUUGGCCUUUGCCUACAGCCAACUGAGAAAGUACAAGAUGGCGGAGUUCUAUUACCUGCAGGCAAUGAAUGCAUUUGUGGAUUCAGGCGAUCUGCUGAAACAGUGUCAAGUCAGUGAGGGAUUGGGAGCCACGUAUUUUUGCCUAGGUAACCAAGAUCAGGCCAUAUUCUACUACAAACAAGCUCUUACUCUGUUUGGAAAGUCAAAGGAAACCUCUGAUAUUCCCAGAGAGAGAAUUUUGGCCAAACUUACAGAUGCCAUUGAGUAUAAAUUGGCAAAAGGACACCCAGUAUCAGAGUGAAAACAUAUCUAGAACAAUUCUAAAUGAUGUCUUUUCUACAACAUUUCCUUCCUUGCCAGUUUCAGUCUUGAGAAUGAGGCUGAGUGUUGCUGAGAAUAUAUUGUUCAGUUGACCUGCUACAUAUUGAUUUAUUCCUCUCACAAGUCAUGUAAUUGAGAAGAAAUUAAUGUUUACCUUUUUGAUACUUAACUCUGAUAAGUGCAACAAAAAUUUUAUCAUAUCAUACCUGGAUACUCUUCCACAACAGAUUGGUAUACAGAUAUAUUGCCCAGUUAGUACAUUUAUUUCUGCUCAGAUGUGAGGCACAGCUGCCAGCAGGAAAAGCCAGCUCAGAAGGAAGGGGAGGCUGAGAAGUUGAUCACCUUCUGCACUCCGCUUUUGAUUUCUUACUGACACUUAUGCAGUGUCGGACUGGGAUACCAAGGGCCCACCAGAGGACAUAAUAUGUAGGACCCACCAAUCAUUAGUGAGCCUUUAAAACAUUUUUCUUGCUGAGCAUGCCUAUGAUAGAUACGUUUGUUGUCAAAACUUGGCUAAUAUAGCCAAGUACAGGAGGUCCAUAAAUAUUUUAUACAAAGGUAUUAAAGCAAACAGUGUGGGAGCUUUAGUAAAAAUUCAGUACUAAUGAUAUACAGUCAGUUUCGUAAUUUUUGUUACAUUUCACUUACUAGUACAGGCUGUG